CCUUCCUCCUUUGCACAGCCACUCUCCAUUUUCUGAGACUCCACCUUCCUCUCCCCAGCACACAGCCCCAGGAAGAAGCAAGAGGCAGCCAGCUCAGCUCUGACCUAAGCUUCCUGAAGCCAAAUGGAAUGUACCUGGUACUUGUGUGUCUGCAGCCUUCUCUGGGCCUGGCCUGCAGCGGCAGGACACCCUUGCAGCAUUGACAAGGAGGGAUGGGCUGACUGCAGUGGAAAGAACCUUCUACACAUUCCAGAUUCCCUUCCUGGAAACAUCACCUGCUUGGACCUUUCCUUCAACUCCUUGGCAAUGCCCAGAAGUGGGACUUUCUUGGUACAUUUCCCAUCCCUGCAUGCCCUAAACCUCUCCAACAACGUCAUUCCCACACUCUACCCAGCUGUCUUCUCUAACCUCCGGGUUCUCCAUCUGCUGGACCUGAGCAGCUGUAACAUCUCCCACCUUCACCCAAAGGCUUUCCAGGGCAUGAGAAACCUGCACACACUCCUCUUGAAAAACAAUAAGCUUCGGAUUUUGCGGCUGUCUGUGCUCCUUUCUUUUGGGGCCCUGGUCCAUCUGGACUUGCGGAACAAUGAUCUGAUCACUGUGGAUGCUCUAGUCCUGCAGCUGAUGGAUAGAACCCAUCAGGUCCUGCUUCAAGGGAACCCCCAUGUCUGUAAUUGCUCCAUGUACCUUUUCCAGCAAUGGCUACGACUAAGACGAGCUGUGCACAUGCUGUGCGCCUCCCCACCAGGACUCCAGGGCCAGGAGGUCAAGACCCUGAAUGUUCAGGAUCUGAGUUGCAAGAGAAAACUGCGCUUUCCUCGGGCUCAGCCUUCAGUCACAAGUGAUCCAGAGCCCACAGUGCAGAGAAAUGACACAGCCACCACAUCGCCUGCAGGCCAGGGCGGGAACAGCUGGCCAUACCUGGUGGGCUUCCUUGCAUCAGCUGUUGGCAUCUCUCUCCUGAUUGCACUGGCUGCAAAGUGCAAACUGUUCCACAAGCACUUUGCCAGCUCCCGCCACCAGCCCCUGCCUGACACCAGCUCUGUGGGGGGAAGCCGUGCUGCGGAGGGAUCUCCCUGGGGGGAGAACCAAUCCACGCCACGUGCUGCUGAGCUGCAGCUGGAGGAGGAGGAUGGCUUCAUUGAAGAUAACUACAUCCAGCCAAGUGAACAGCUGCAGGAUGAAGAUGAAUUGGAGCCAUCUUUUCCCCUCAGAGCCUGAGACUUCACCCAGGCUCCCCUCCCAGCUAUCCCUUUUCCCCUGCUGGGGUCAGGGCUUGCAGGGCCUGGCCUGUCACUCCAGCCUCAGCAGUCAGCACCUCCAACUCCACUCCCAGCCCUCCUUCCCCACUAGUCUUGCAUUAGCUUCCACUGCUUAAGGUGGGGGAGGGGGAACAUGAAAAACAAGAAGCUGAGAAGUGACAGGCAAGAAGGGUGUGAUGAGGAAGGGUCAGCAUGGGAGAAAGAAUAAUGGGAGCAGAGCUUACGAGAAUGCUAUUAGGGCCCAAUUUUAUCCCUGGUGGGAUUGCACCAACUUUAGUGUGUUACAUCAAGAAAGGGGCUAGCCAUGGCGCGUGGGGGUCUCCCUAUGGCACUGAAAACACACUGCUCAUUCUUUGCUUCAGUAUUUGAAAUGCCCUCAAGGAAUCUGAAAGCUACCUGGUGAAAGCAGCCCCAUUCCUCCUAGCCUGAUGCCACCCUCAGCAACAGCCUUACUCAGCCCAGCCUGAGCUGGAGUUCCAGAAGAUAAGCACUGAGAGGGACAGAACCCUGCAAAUCCGCUUUAUACCCGCGGAUAUCUGCAUCCAGCGUGUCAGCGCAGAUAUCCUCUUUAUGCCCGCGGGUAUCUGCAUCCAGCGUGUCAGCGCAGAUAUCCUCUUUAUGCCCGCGGGUAUCU